AUGAUCAAUGGUCUAACUAUUGAAAGGCUCAAAUUUACAAACUGCUCUUCUCCCCUAAACCGAUCAAUUCCGAGUUUAUUCUUGAGAAGUUUCACAGCUAAUCAAUGCCGAUUGUCUACUGUUUUGAAUACGAUCUUUUCAAAUGUUCAAGCAACAAUAGAAGAUGUUGAUUUAUCGGAUAAUAAAAUCGUCACGAUUCCACUUUUUGGAACACUACCAAGGCUAAAAACACUAAAUUUGAAUAAGAAUCUUAUUAAAACGAUUCCCGAGCAAGUUUUCAAUGGAAUGGUUAAUUUGAGGCAUUUGCGUUUAGCAGAGAACCAGAUUUGUGAUCUUGAUGGAAACGUGUUGAAUGAGGUGAAAAAUACUUUGGAGACAUUAGAUCUCUCCGGGAAUUGUCUAAUCGCCGUCCCAGCGCCGAACAUCCGAAAUUCGAUCAGACUAACGACAUUGUAUUUGACUGGAAAUAAGCUAGCAAAGAUUGAGAAAAUGCACUUUAUGAACCUUCCACUCCUUCGAGAAGUUCAAUUAGCUGAAAAUCAAUUAACUUUCAUCGAUGGAAUGGCUUUCAUGAAUGUCCCGAAACUUCAAAUUCUCAAUUUAAAUCAAAAUUUACUAACAAAUUUUGAUAUCAGUCGACUUCAAGCUUUCAAAGAUCUAGAAGUACUCGAUGUUUCGAAAAAUAAACUGCUAAAGGUCCCAUCCGUGAAAGACAUGCUGAAACUGAAAUAUUUGAGAUUAGAUGGGAAUCUGAUUGAAACUGUGGAUACAUUGACUUUCUCGAAUCUCCCAUCAUUACAAUUGCUUAGUCUACAGGAGAAUCGGAUAGAAAUGGUGGCUAGAAAUGCUUUUGAUUCACUGGAUAAGCUCAUGAUUCUAUUGUUGGCGAACAACUCAUUGAAAACGAUAGAAAUGGGAAUGCUUGAUGGAAUGCGUCAUUUGCAACAGAUUAACCUCAGAAAUAACACUUUGAGAGAAAUCGAAGCCACUGCUUUCUCUUCUUUACUUGAAAUCACUUCUAUCGAUUUGUCUAAUAAUCAAAUUGAAAGAAUUUCGAAGGCUUCAUUUGAUGGUUUAUCAAAAUUAUUCUGGCUUGACUUGUCUGAUAAUCGAUUGAAAAGCUUUGAGCAAGGAACUUUUGGGAAAAGAAUAGCAAAUUUGAUUUUAAAUGGUAAUGAUUUGCAAUGUGAUAAAAAUUUGGACUGGUUCUUGGAGUAUUUGGUUAUAAAUCGGGUUCGAACAUUCUUGGCUUUUCAACCGGAAAUCACUUGCUCUGGUCCCGAGGAAAGCCGAGGUAUUCCCUUGAGAGAUUUCUUGAUCAAGAAAGCUAAUGAGACUGUGAUCCCGUCAUCUUCAACUCCAAAUUUUCUACAACAAGCUCUCUUGAAGAGUCUACUCGGAAAUCUCAAGACAAACAAUCCCAUUCCAACUCCAAUUCAAACUCCAAUUCCAAGAUCUAGCUCAUCCGGGACUUUACAAAGCCAGAAUACUCUUUCAUCUAUGGAUCCGAUAACCCUAAUCAGCCGACUAUCAGAAACUGAUCUUGAUCGAUUCAUUCAAGCAAUGCCUAGCUUGCAAGUAUCUCUUCCUGGACUUGGGAAUGUGGAUUUGAGCAAGCUUGAUCCAAGUGUGAUUAAAUACGUGCUCAAGGGUGGGACAAUACCUGGGGUUUCGAAAGAAACCACUGAUGCUGUGAUGAGACAAGCCCUUCAGAAAAUGAUGCAAAAUGUACAGGCAACCCAAUCUCAACCUCAACCUCAACCUCAACAAACAACCGAACGAAGAAAGAACCAGCUACCAAUGCAACGCAUCGGCACAGCUUUUUCACCUAACUUUUUAACUCAAAACUCUCAUCAACAAAAGCUACCACUGCCGAACAGUGAAUGGGCGCAUAGAAGUGGAUUUUUAGCAAAUAAUGGCAAUGAAAAUUUUCAAUUAAUGCAACUACUUCCACCUGGAUAUGAUAUCUCAAAAAUCCCGGCUCAAGUGAUACAGGCAGUAACUAGAGGUGAAGUUCCUGACAUCAAAUUGUUGCCUAGUGAUCUACAAGAAUAUUUGAAAGUAAACUCGGAAAAGCUUUUGGAGACAUUCUCUAAACAAGUGUCAAAUGUUUCUUUGAAUGAUCUUUUGGCAAAGAUGCCUAACUUUGAUAGACCUGAGUUGGAGACAUUUGAGCCGUAUGAUAUCAAUAUGAUUAGUCACGAGUUGCAUAAAGAGGAUGAAGAGAAGCAAAAGGAUCAAAACAUCCGCAUCUACACAGCGAUCUGCCUCGGUCUCGUUGCAGUGAUCACCUGUAUCGUCCUUGGUUUUCUCUAUGUUCACAUGAAACGUCAAUCCACCCGAAAUUCCUCAUUUUCUAGUCAU